AUGGGUCGUUUAUGGACUUUUCUCACUCAUGUUCACACACUAUCUGGGCCAGUCGUGAUGUUGCUAUACCCCUUGUAUGCAUCAGUAGUUGCUAUAGAGAGUCCAUCAAGAGAGGAUGAUGAGCAGUGGCUUGCUUAUUGGAUCUUAUAUUCUUUUCUAACUCUUGCAGAGAUGCUGCUUCAAUCCAUUUUACAGUGGAUUCCUAUAUGGUACUCUUUGAAAUUGGCGUUGGCAGCAUGGUUGGUUCUACCGCAGUUUAAUGGGGCAGCUUUCAUUUAUGAACGGUUUGUGAGAGAACAUAUCAGGAAAUAUAUAGGGGAAAACGAUCAUCAUCCCCAUCACAAGUCUCCCGAUGGUAGUGGUAGUGGUAGUGGUAGUGGCCGUGGUGGUGGCAAAGGCAAGAGCAAGUUUGUUCACUUCAUAAGCUCCAACAAAUUACCAAUCAUAAAAGGUAUCUUGGAACGAGAGAUGUAUACUAUACUUGUUUAUACAUCUAGUGCUGUGGAUGCAUACCAUAGCAAUUUUUCCAAGACAAAGCAUGCAAUUCUUUUACUCUGUUCAGUGGACAAUAAGCUAGAGAAGCAAUCUGAUGUUAUAUCCAAAAAAGCUUAUUCUGCCAGCAACUUUAAAAAUGCCCCACUUCCCAGGAAUUAUGCCAGCUUCCGGUUUUUAAUUAGUCCACUCGACAAUGUUCCUUCUACUGGUAGAAUUAUGAAAGGAAAAGCUUAG